CUACUUUCGCCGCUCUCACCAAACCUCUGCUCUCUCUCUCUCUCUCUCUCUACUCUGCGAAAAUGGCGAUGAAGGCUUCUCUCAAAGGCAAGUACGAUGCUGACAAAACCAGCGGAAUCGGUUCACUUGCUUUCAACGCCGGCGAUAUUAAGCUACGCGCCACCAUGACCGAUGCUACUCUCGUCGCCGGUCCUACUUUGACCGGUCUCUCUCUCGCCGUCGAGAAGCCUGGUUCCUUCAUGAUCGAGUUCAACGUCCCUAAGAAGGAUGUUAGGUUUCAGUUCAUGAACACGGUAAGAAUUGCGGAGAAGCCUUUGAACUUGACUUACAUUCAUAGCAGAGCUGAUAACCGAACAAUUGUUGAUGGGAGCCUUGUGAUUGAUUCUGCAAACAAACUCUCUGCUAACCACAUGGUGGGGACGAACAACUGUAAGCUUAAGUAUACCUAUGCACAUGGAGGGUUAGCUACGUUUGAGCCGUGCUAUGACUUGGCGAAGAAUACAUGGGAUUUUGCGGUUUCUCGAAGAUUUUAUAGUGGUGAUAAUGUCAGGGCAACUUAUCAGACAUCUAGUAAGUUGCUGGGUAUGGAAUGGUCAAGGAACAACAAAGCAAGUGGAAUCAAGGUAUGUGCGUCUGUGAAUCUUGCGGAUGAAGUGAAAACGCCGAAAUUGACUGCAGAAACUACAUGGAACCUUGAAAUGUAGUCUCCACUAUACACUACUUAGCUAAGUGUCACUUCAAUUGUUUGGUGUUGCAACUCAUUUAACUAGUCGGUUCUUCCAAAUCUUCCGAAAUUUUGUUGCAACAGUUUCUCAUUAUUAUAACUAGCAGUUCUUCGUCAGUUAUCAUGAUGAUUAUUUCUUAA